AUGGGAAAGAAACAAGCUUACAAGCUUAUAUUGAAAAUACAUGGAAAAGAAUUUGCUGAUGCCUUUCUUAUAAAAGGAAACACUCAAAACGUUAGCACACAAAAACUGGGGAGUAUACAGCUCCUACCCAGAUUCCACAUGAAAGCCAUCGAAUACUUGAUUGCUCAAGGCACAGUUGAUGACAUGGAAGAAGCAGAAAGACUUUUAGAUAUACUUCUGGCAAGAAGAGCAACAGCCAAAAAGGCCACCACAGUAAAGAGUCAGGAGGAAAGGACCAGCCUGGAGUCUGAAAGUGAACUCUCAGAUGGCUCUGAAGUGGAUGACGAGAUUACAGAGCCUGGAGAUGAUGAGUCUGACAGCUUUGAAAUGGAUGAAGAUAGUGACUAUUAA